AUGGAGUGCUCUGUGCACUCGCCAUGCGGUCGGUAUGUCGUAAGCUACAGGAAUGCUGGCGACACGUUGCACAUAAAUGCUGUUCCCAAACCCGUGGCGGUGGAACCCGGAGCGGAAACUAUCCACUACAUUGCCGUCCUGGGCGAAAGUCACAUUGCUGAAAUAUCAGCGGCGGCAGGAGUACGCAAGGACUUCACCGCGUUCUCCGAUAUGAUUUAUAACGCAAUGAUCGGUCGGUCGCCAUGUGUGCGUUUUUUUAUUGAGACAUGCAGUGAAAUGCGGACUCGCAUCGCUACGGAAGUGGCACAACGACAGCACGCCUCAAAAGGGCCUGGUGUCGAUGAGGAACAACCAGCAAACACCAGUAUGGAUGAUAGCGGUAGUGGAAACAACAGUCUACUGUCCGAAUCAGCUCGCAGUCAGCGGUUUUUCACUCUGGACUAUGAUGUGGACUUCACCCGUGCCAUGUUCCCCGUUCCGCUCGUUGCAACGGAAGGUGGAGCCAACUCUAACAAUGGAGAGCGGCAAACCGGACUUGUGAGAGCCGCUGGCCAGCAACAGCAACAGCACGGGGUCGCGGCAAUACCAAACUGCGCUCCAGCGGCUGUUAAAAGCGAUGACAACGAAGUGGCAAAGUGGCGGACGGAGAAUGAGAAACUGAGGCGGGAGAACGACGCCCUCACACGGUUGUGCAAGGAGAAGAUGCUUGAGAUGCAGCGGCUGUGCGAAGAUUUUCAGUUGCGCGUGGAGACUGUGAAGGAGGUGGAACGGCUAAAGAAAAAACUGGUGGAAUUGCGCACGCGGGCUACCCGUGCAGAGGAAGAGAGAGAUGAGGCACAGGCAGCUUUAGCUCGCAUUCGACGUGAGCAUCAGCGUCUGCAGCGCAGUAGGACACCGCAAGGCCGAAUUGAGCACCAAAGCGAGAAAUCCACUCGGCAGCGCUCUCGGUUUGACACCCCUCCUGUUGUGCGUGGCCGCCCCACCUCACGCGGUGGCGCGCGGGAUUCGCCGCUGCUGAGGAGACUAAGCAGUGGACGCAAACAGACGCACUGCAUGCCACGCAACCGGUCAGCGAGUAGUGAAGGCCUAACAGUAACGAAGCGACGCCUUUGGAAUGGAAGUGGCAGCAGUGGACCGCCGUCGCGUUCGAGUUCGUGUGGCAGCUGCGAGCGACUGUAUCGCAGUCCCACCGCGAGCAGUAGCCAACGUGAGCGCUGCACAGCAAAAUAUUUUGCGUCCCGUGCGGUGUUCUUCUGA